AUGCCGGAGGGCAAGAAGCCACCCCGGCCAGGGCCUGCGAGGCUCACCAAGAACGCCGACGUUGACGAGUGGCUGAAAUGUGCUUUUAACAAUCAGUAUCUGCCCGAAGCGACCAUGAAGAAGCUUUGUGAGAUUUGCAAGGAGCUUCUUAUGGAGGAGUCCAACAUCCAGCCCGUCUCGACUCCAGUGACUGUUUGUGGCGAUCUUCAUGGCCAAUUCUACGAUGUCAUCGAACUUUUCCGCGUCGCAGGAGGUGCUCCGAGUCAUGUGCGCGCCACCCCAUCACCAGCUCCUACUGGCGUUAUCACCUCCGAUGAUAUUGAGCCGCCCACCGAGAUCACCAACCCCAAGCUUAAGAAAAAGAUCCGAUCGAAGGAGAAGAAGGACGGCGAGACCAGUACGGGCAGUGGUGGUGACGACGACGACGAUGGCGACGAGGAGGAAGAGCGUGGGCGUAAGCGGGAGAGCAGUCACGGAGCAUCCUUGGGCGUUGAGAAAGAGGGUAGUAGUACUGCAAUCCCGGGCAACCAAAAUUACAUCUUCCUGGGAGACUUCGUCGACCGCGGCUACUUCAGCUUGGAAACUUUGACUCUGCUUCUGUGUCUCAAGGCUAGAUAUCCUGAUCGCGUGACCCUCGUCCGGGGCAACCACGAAUCUCGCCAGAUCACACAGGUCUACGGAUUUUACGAGGAAUGCCAACAAAAGUAUGGUAAUGCCUCGGUCUGGAAAGCAUGUUGCCAAGUCUUCGAUUUCUUAGUCCUCGGUGCAGUCAUUGACGGCAAAGUGCUCUGCGUCCACGGUGGUCUGAGUCCUGAAAUUCGUACCCUUGACCAAAUACGCGUCAUUGCUCGAGCUCAAGAGAUCCCUCACGAAGGCGCUUUCUGUGAUUUGGUCUGGAGUGAUCCUGAAGACGUUGGAACUUGGGCUGUAUCUCCACGUGGUGCAGGGUGGCUGUUUGGCAACAAGGUCGCUACGGAAUUUAAUCACGUCAACGGCUUUCAGCUUAUUGCCCGUGCUCAUCAACUCGUCAAUGAAGGCUACAAGUGGCACUUCGAAGACAAGUCCGUUGUCACUGUCUGGAGCGCUCCCAACUACUGCUACCGCUGCGGCAACGUCGCCUCCAUCAUGAACCUUGGAGAGGACCUGGAGCCAAAGUUCACCAUAUUCUCUGCCGUUUCCGAGAAGGAGCGUCACAUACCGCCGACGACUAAUCGCCGCACCGAAUACUUCUUGUAG